AUGCCACCCUCACCCUCCACCCUCCUCCACAUCGGCAUCCUCCUCCUCGAAACAACCCAACUCCUCGACCUAUCCGCCAUAGACCUCCUCUACAUGACAACCCCCGAAUACCUAACCACCUGCACCCCCCCACUUCCUCAAUCCCUAAUAUCAAUGAGCCGACCCUGCAAAAUGCACUACAUAACCGCCAACGCCGCAAACCCAACGCACACAACCUCCCAACUCUCAAUCCAACCAACCUCAUCCCUAACCUCCCCCGCCGUGGCACCCGGAACCCUAGACCUAGUCCUCAUCCCCGGCCCAUCGCCGAAAACCAUGCCGCCGGCAAAUGAAUACCUGGACUUUGUGCGCGCGCAUUUCGAGGCCGGCGUGCUGGUGUUGGCGGUUUGUACGGCGGCGUUUGUGGUUGGGUAUGCGGGUGUUGCGGAUGGGCGUAGGGUUACGGCGCCGAGGUUGUUGGUUCCUGAGAUGAGGAGGAUGUUUCCUGGGGCGGACUGGGAUGAGAGGGUUAGGGUUGUUAGGGAUGGGAAUUUAUGGACUUGUGGCGGAAUCACCAACGGUCACGAUCUAGUCAUAGCCUACCUGCGAGACCAUUACCCAGCCUUAUUAGUGAAUACGAUCCUUGCCGCUGCGGAUAUCACUCCGCGUCCGGUGGCGUAUGCUACUUCCGCGACGGAGGAUACGGAUACCGUCUACGUGGUGUGGCGGGUUAUUAAGGCAUUUUCGAAAGCAGUGGUUUGGUUCUUUAGUAAGAAGUGA